CAAAAAACUGAAAUCAAUUGUGUUCCUGACAUUUAAUGCUAAGGCGAAGAACUUUGAUUGGGAAAGUUGUGGCUUGAUAGCUACGUUUGUCAUGUUACUUUCAUUUUUUUAAGCAAAAGUAAAUGUCCAGUCUGAUAGUCGGAUGUUGAAGUUGUCAAGGUAUAGUAGCCCAAGGAAAUUGCGUCAGUUUUUCCUCGACAUAUUGAUAAAGGCUCCAAUCUACUAGCCUACUGUGGAGGCUCAGACUGUCGUAAUGUCGGAGGUCAAGGCACUCACCCCGACUCCGGCUGGAGACACAUACAAAGGAUGGCUAUUCAAAUGGACGAAUUACAUCAAGGGCUACCAGCGACGAUGGUUUGUCUUGAGCAACGGUUUACUAUCCUACUACAGGACCCAGGCAGAGAUGGGCCACACGUGCCGGGGCACCAUCAACCUGGCCACGGCCAACAUCGCGGUGGAGGACUCGUGCAACUUUGUCAUCUCUAACGGCGGGGCGCAAACCUACCACCUGAAGGCCAGCUCUGAGGUGGAGCGACAGCGCUGGAUCACCGCCCUGGAGCUGGCCAAGGCCAAGGCUGUCCGCAAUCAGGCCGAGUCUGAUGAUUCUGGUGAUGAGUGUCCCACGUCACCCCCUACCUCGGGACAAGGCGGAGGGGCACGUAACUCUAACUCAGAGGUACAGUCCACACUACGCACUCUGGGCAGCAAGGUAGAAGACCUGAGCACCUGCAACGACCUCAUCGCCAAGCACGGCUCUGCCCUCCAAAGGUCCCUGUCAGAGCUGGAGGGGGUGCGGCUGGGAGCCGACACGGAUGGCAAGAUCCGGCAGGUGACGGAGAGAGCCACGUUGUUCCGCAUCACCUCCAACGCCAUGAUCAACGCGUGCAGAGACUUCCUGUCCCUGGCCCAGGCCCACAGUAAACGGUGGCAGAAAGCCUUGCAUUCGGAGCGGGACCAGAGGAUAAGGCUGGAGGAAACAUUGGAGCAGCUAGCCAAGCAGCACAACCACCUGGAGAGGGCCUUUAGAGGGGCCACCGUACUGCCCCUCUCCCAGAGCAACCCCGCCUUGGACAGCAAGAGUUCGGGCUCAGCAAAGGGUGAUGCGAGCGACGAGGAUGAUGAGAAUGAGUUCUUUGACGCUAUGGAGGACCCGGCGGGGUUCAUCACUGUACCGGCCGACCCCAAGUAUCAUAGAAGGUCAGGAAGUAACGUCAGUUGUCUCAGCACUGAAACUGGAAUUGAUGACCAAUCACUUUGUGACGAGCAGUCGUUGGGGUCCAAUUCGGAGUCGCCGCAGUCCCUGGAGGUUGAGCCAGUGAGGAAGAGGCGGACCAAAAUCCCAGACAAGCCCAACUAUUCUCUGAACCUCUGGAGCAUCAUGAAGAACUGCAUCGGCAAGGAGCUCUCCAAGAUCCCCAUGCCUGUGAACUUCAACGAACCAAUUUCCAUGCUCCAGCGUCUAUCCGAGGACUUAGAGUACUACGACCUCCUAGACAAGGCGGCUAAAUGCCAGAGCUCUCUGGAGCAGCUGUGCUACGUGGCUGCCUUCACCGUAUCGUCCUACUCCACUACGGUCCACCGCACAGGGAAACCCUUCAACCCCCUACUGGGGGAGACCUACGAACUGGACCGGCUGAGGGAGAGUGGCUACCGCUCACUGUGUGAACAGGUGAGUCACCACCCGCCUGCAGCGGCUCAUCAUGCCAUCUCAGAGAGAGGCUGGACCCUCCGACAGGAGAUCUCCCUCGCCAGCAAGUUCAGGGGAAAAUACCUCUCCAUCAUGCCUCUGGGCUCUAUCCAAUGUAUGUUUGAGAAGAGCAACAAUCACUACUCGUGGAAGAAAGUCACUACAACAGUACACAACAUCAUUGUGGGCAAAUUGUGGAUCGACCAGUCGGGCGAGAUAGACGUGGUGAACCACCGGACCGGCGACCGCUGCCAUCUCAAGUUCGCCCCGUACAGCUACUUCUCCAGAGACGUGGCCAGGAAGGUGACUGGUGUGGUGACAGACAAGGAGGGUAAGGCCCACUAUGUGCUGUCAGGGACGUGGGAUGAGAAGAUGGAGUUCUCCAGGGUGAUGCAGAGUAAUAAGGGCGAGAACGGCACCGAGGGCAAACAGAAGACCGUCUACCAGACGCUCAAAGCCAAGGAGCUCUGGAAGAAGAACCCACUACCUGAGGGUGCGGAGACCAUGUACUACUUCUCGUCGCUGGCGCUGACGCUCAACGAGCCCGAGGAGGGCGUGGCGCCCACCGACAGCCGGCGACGGCCCGACCAGCAGCUGAUGGAGGCGGGCCGGUGGGACGAGGCCAACGCCGAGAAGCAACGGCUGGAGGAGAAGCAGAGGAGCGUCCGCCGCGAGAGGGAGCGAGAGGCCCAGCGCGCAGCCAACCUGCCUGAGGAGGGGGCAGAGGGGGUGGAAGUAGCAGAGGACGGUGUCCACCAGGACAACUAUGAGGCGAUGUGGUUCGAGCGGACCGAGGACACCGUCACGGGAGAGUCCAUGCACGUCUACAAGGGGGGCUACUGGGAAGAGAAGGACCACGGCAGCUGGGACAUGUGCCCCGAUAUAUAUUGACCCCCCCCCCCAUCAGCAAAUUGUACUAACCCAGGCAUUUGGAAUAUGGAAGGCCACAAGCCGCCCUUUUUCCCCAAUUGAAGAAGGGGCAGCCUGGGUAUCGACUCUGUUUAACCCCAACCCUCCCUCUUUCAGGAUAGAUUUUGGGUUGUAAUGCCCCUUACCGCUCCCCUAUCACUCUCUGUGGGGAUGGUGUGCACAGGGGCAGUGAGACCCUGCAGGACAGUGCAACCGGAUAGGGGGACAGACCUGCUUUCUUCUGCCUUCAUCUUCUGUGUAGGGUCCGUUUCUCCUAGAUGCUGAUCUGGGGUCCGUUUUGCAUUUCCCACCAUUGGGGGAGCCGAAGUUGAUCCUAGAUCUGUAGCUAGGGAAAACGUCACCCCCGACGCUUCAGCUUCACUAGAAUGAUUAGAUAUCUCCCUUUAGAGCCACUGCCACUGGCUAGGCCUUUGUCUUUCUCUCCGUCUCUUCCUUUGCCGCUCUCUUUCUCAUCGUUCUCUUACACUUCAUCUCUUGCUAUGUUAGUCUGUGGAAAAGACUGGGGGCAGAUAGGUGGUCUGGUUGAUAGAUUCUAGCGAUUUAACACUAACUCUACCUUGCUCCUCUUCCAAAGGAUAUGGACUAAACGCAUACAGACAUGAACAGUUUGUGUGAGUAUGUGAAGAGGGGGGGGUUAUAAUAGCAAUGGGUUGGUGCUUAUGUCUGCUUUGAGGCUGCCAGAUUGUCAAAGCUUCACAAAUGCUGUUAAGAGGUGUGUGUCCUCCAGAACUUGGUGACAUCACAUUAGCUCCUCUGCUGCUUGGCACAAGGAUAGUUUGGGCUUGGAGCCUGUUUUCCAUCUCAAAGCAGCGUAAUCGUCUAAAUGAAGGAUGUAUCGCCAUUAAGUACUAUUUAAACAGUUCCUACUACACCCUACAUCCCAAAGACAACUUCCACCUCUUCCAACAGCAAAACAAUCUAGUGUAGCGUAUAGUUUUUUUUAUUAGGGUUAGUGUGUGAAGCAGACUUGAUCGUAACAUUGGAAUGGUGGGUGUGUCCAAAAUAGCACCCUAUUCCCUAUAUAGUGCACUUCUUUUGACCCCCUAUAGGCAGUGUUCAAAAGUAGUGCACUAUAAAUUAAUAGGGAUUCAGGGUGUGGGAAGUCACUCUUAAUCUACAUGAACUAAAGUGUGUGUGCAGCGCUAGUACAGAAUGUGAGCUUGAGUUCCAAAAAUAAAUCUUAUUUUCAAGUGUACUUAAUGUUUGAGUGUGAGGAAAAAUGAAACAGAUUGCUAAUAUGUGUGUAUAUAUAUAUCAAAUGAAGUAAUAAUUAGUGCUAUUAAUAAUAUUGAUAGUAAUUGUGUUUAAGGUCAGAGAGAACUCCCAUUUUUCUCCCUAAACUGGGUUGUCCGUUAAGUCAAUUUGUUUGAUCACUUCUGUGUUGUCCUAAUCCCUGUCCGUGUACAACAUAUGACUGAACAGUUGUGAUUCAACAGUUUGUUUGCACAAGUUACACUGCUGUGAAGACCACAAUGGUUGUAAAAAAUAAAAAUAAAAAAGUGCAAAUGCAAACUGUUGCUUCACAAAAAUAUCAGUAUCAAAACCAUUCAUGCGUUGUACCAGAGUUUAUACUGGACCCAUCUUAAGAGGUCAAUUAGUUAUACUGCCAUAUUGUUUGUCUUAUUUUUUUCAAUAAUUUCAUCUUGUUUCUCUAUUCAUCAUACUUUCCUAUCUUUAUGACCAUUCUCUCUUAUGGAUCUUGGUCAGUGCACUGUGGUGCUCUGAGUGUAACAGCAUCAGAGGAUGAUUGUAAUAAAGCCUGACUGGAGAAGUGCA